AGACCCAGAGCCCCACGCCGCAGCGCCGCAACCCUCGGUUAUCCCGGUCGCACUGCCGAACGGCGGCGCCCUCCGGUCCUCAUCAUUACCUCGAGCAGGGAAUCGGCGCCGACCCUCAUAGUCUUUCCCCGCCGGUGACCCUCUUCCUCUCCGUCUCCGCCUGCCGCCAGGACACGACGUCCAAAGAGCAUGCUAUGCUUUUGUCAGUGUUCCUUCCGUUUAAGUUUCUUUCCAAGGAUUUAAUCAUUGUUGCAAUCACUGCUUACUUCAUUCGUGGAAUUGUUGCUCUCUCUGCCACAGUUCUUCCUUCUAUAAAACGUUUUCUUACAAAACAAUGGAAUUAUAAGGAGGUUGUAAGGCAAACUCCACUUAUCCACACAGUUUCAGUAGACUUCAUCAAGUCAUGGAUUGUGGCUUCAAUCCCUGGAAUCUUCUUGUGCCUGUGGUAUGUUGCUAACAAGCAUUGUUUAGCAAACAAUGUUUUGGGAAUUUCUUCCCGUAUCCAGGGGAUCAACAUGCUAUCUGUGGGAUCAUUUAGGGCGGGUGGUAUCCUCCUGCUUCUGUUCCCAGCUGCAGAUGCUGCAUGGUCAUCCUCCAUCACGCCUACCCUUGGUGACACUGUAAUACCUGGUAUAUUUGUUGCACUUGCCCUGUGUAUUGCUCUCCCAAAAUGUAGCAAGAACCGUUUCUUUAAUUGCGCAUUAUUGCGAUACACUGUUGGUUUGACUGUGGCUAUCAUCAUAAUGAACUGGUUUCAAGCUGCACAGCCUGCUCUACUAUACGUUGUUCCUGGUGUGAUUGGUCUUGUUGUUAUUCGCUGGUUGUGGAAUGGAGAAGUAAAACAGGACGGCACCAAUCAGCUGAUGGAUAAAGUGUGGAAUUGGAGCAACAUGUAUGGAACCAGACUGAAGAAAUUUGAUGGAUGGGUUCUUCAUCAUACUACUAACGAGGAUAGUAACAGCGGCGAGCAUGAUGCCGUGGCUCGCCCAGAGGAUCACGAGGGUGGCUCUGAGGAUGCCCACGGUGGCGAGGAAGAUGCCUCAGCCCCCUUGGAGGAUCAUGGCUACAAUGGCGAGGAAGAUGCUGCAGCCUCCUUGGAGGAUGAUGAUGGUGACCAGGAUGAUCGUGCAGCAGCCUCGGAGGAUAGCGACGAUACAUUGUGCCACUUGGCCAUCGCGCGGUGCAGGUGUUGGCCAUUCGUGCAAACUUCCCUGUUUGUGCUAUCAACGGGUACAACUGUGAAGUAGGCCAGUGCAUCUACAGGCCACACGAGGGGGAAGUACAAGAGGAAGGAAUGGUCGAUUUGGUCCCUAUUGGACCCCGUAGUGUUUUCACGGCUUAUGGCGUCUUCGCCUUGGAAGUUUUCCAUUACAUUACUAGAGCCAACAACACUACCACAACUGGCAAUGAGGGGUCUAGUAGGGUUCGUUCACCGAUCAGAAAGGACUCUUGUCAUAUUCCCUUCAUAGUGGAAUGGGUUGUUUGUGGUGAAGAUAUUGACAAAGAACUAGAGGAAUACACACAAACCAUGUACUGCAGAAGCCGUAGCCGCAAGUUGGAGAUCACAUACUUGGUGAUUUCCAACGCCAUUGAGACCAACAUUGAAGCUCAAAGACCUCGGUUCUAGAAGCCGCACAGUGUAUGGUAAAAUCAAGGCGAGCACUGCUGAUUAUGGGAACAAAAGUGUGCACCUCUUUAGCCGUGAAAGAGGGAGGAGUUGUUCUGUCCCCUCUGGCCCCAUGUCGAUUCUUCCACUGAGUCCGGCUGUGAUUGCCCUACCAUAUCGUCGGCAACUAGAACUCCACAUAGAGGUGGACCUAAUAGUAAUCACAAUCUUUGACAACCAAGAAGAGUAUAAGAAUUUGAAAUUCAGUCUAACAUUCACUCGUGGAAUUAGGAGUCAAGAAACAGAAGUUGAUGAUGAUCAAGUUGAAGUGAGCAUUGCCUUUGAUCCGAAAAUUUGAUACACCGUACCACGAACUGAGGCGCUAAGAUGACUAUGAAAUAAGUGAAGGGGUGAUGUAGUAGUCGCAGGGCCAAAUCUGGAACUGAACUGAGACGCCAAGAUCACUAUGAAAUAAGUGAAGGUGUGAUGUAGUAGUAGCAUGGCCAAAUCUGGAACUUUGUGUAUGUUUGCCAAAUCAUGUUAUCUAUUUCUUUUUUUUGUUUUAUCUGUUCAUGUCGUUUUUAUCAACUUAAAUAUUCAUGUCGGAAAGCACCAAGAUACUAGCAAAAAGUCUUUGUAGUAUUUGUUCCCGAACAUUCAUAUUGCGCUUUUAUACUGCAAUUUGCUA